AGAGGUUACCAGAAAACACGACUUACAAAUACAAGUGUACAUAUGAAACUCUAGGUUUUUGGCUAAUUAUGAAUGACAAUGUCCAAUACCAACUGAAUAUAACCAGAAAUGACAUUAGACCCAAAGCAAAGAUUUUCUUUGUGACUGGUAAAUGCAACAUGACUAAAGUGAAUGUUUCAAAGUGUGAAAGCGAUCUGAUUGAAGUCUACCAGGAUGGAGAUUGUAAUAUUACCUGCCUAAAUACAGAAAGUGCUUGCACCAAUGCCCAAUACGAGAAUUGUUCAUAUAUAACUACCAAUGAUGACUUCAUUGAGUUUCAAGGUCAAAAACCAAACUGUUCAAAGUGUGGAACUCCUGUCCAAAAAGUAGAACUAGAGAUUAAGCUCUCAAAUACAACUAUCAGUUUUGGGAAGGACUCGAAUACUGAUAAGGCGGAGGUGAUGAAGAAUUUAACCUCUGAUGUCCUGGCACAGAUGGGCAACAAGACCACAGCAUCUGUGUCUUUAGGGGAGGUGCAAGGUAUUUUUGUGAAGCCUAAGGAUAAGAAUAAUCCGGAAACCGCCUCAUUUGUCUAUUCCUCUGACACAAAGCUCAGUAUCAUCCAGGAUAAAACUCAAAUGGAUACAUAUCCAACGCUGAUCUCUGUCCCAAAGGAGGCUUUUGAAAAAGCCAAAAGCCAAAACAUCAGUACUGUCUUCACAGCUGUGUUCCGAAUCCCUAGUUUCACAAAGGAUGAGAUGAACAGCACUGUUCUAAAAGACGAAGUGUAUUCCAUUGAUAUGGGAGCAGAAAUAGCCAACCUGACCAACACCAUUAACAUCACCUUCAAAAGCGUUGACAAGAAAUCUGCCACACCUCGUUGUUUCUCUUGGAGUGGAUCAGGGUCCAAACCCAACUGGACAACUGAGGGCUGUAACACUACAGGGACUGGUGAAAGUGUCACCUGUGAAUGUGAACACUUGACGUUCUUUGCCGUGUUGAUGAUACCCAACACUGAUAACACUUCCAUAAUUUCCAGCGCGGACUUGAGCAACCUCACUUACAUCACUUCCAUUGGCUGCGGACUGUCUGUCUUCUUCCUGUGUGUCGCUCUCUUCAUGCACUUCCUGAUGAGGAGGGCAAGAAAAAGCGAAGCAGCCCAAAUCCUCAUAAACCUGCUGGUGGCGCUGGUCCUGCUAGACCUGACCUUCCUGACCAAUGAGUAUGUGGCGAACACGGGGAAUAUAAUAGGCUGUAAGCUCAUGGCGGGCUUCAUGCACUACUGCCUGCUAUGCACCUUCACAUGGUUCGGUCUGGAGGCCCUCCACCUCUGUCUGCAGCUGGCCACCAUCUCCAAUCCUAAAACUCACUACCUCUUAAAGGUCCAGAUUGCCGGCUGGGCACCUCCUGCCAUUGUUGUGACUGUGCUCUUCUUUAUGCAAAAGUACAACAGGCUUGUCAUACAAACUGAUACAGGAAAGGAUGUUGCAAUGUGUUGGAUCAUAGACUCUUCUGUCCAUUACGUUGUGAACAUCGGCUACUACUCUGUAAUCUUCGCCUUCACCUUCACGACCUUUGUGGUCAUGUUGCGGUGGAUCGUCCUCCUCAAAAGAACCACAGCAGGCCACAAAAAGGCAGCCUCUGGCUCGGGUAAGCGCACAGGGACAGGCACCUCGGACAUCCUGACCAUAAUGGGCCUGUGCUUCACUCUUGGAGUCACUUGGGGCUUCGCCUUCUUCGCCUAUGGUGCCCUGCGCCUCCCAUCGUACUACAUCUUCACAAUUCUCAAUUCCUUCCAAGGAUUCUUCCUGUUCAUUUAUUAUUACAAAACCAGCAAGUUCAUUGGGGAUUCAACCAUCUCAGCCGAAACCAGCAACACCACAGAGGCCACGCAGAUGGAAAACCCCUACGAGAAGCAGAAAAACUUUUAGAAAAAAUGUUUUAAAUCUGUUGUUUUUUCUGUAUUAGGUACUAUCUCUAGUUCUUUGUUUUUAUUAUGUAUAUAAUAUGCGUAACAUGAAUAUUUGACAUGUUUAUCUUUGAUCAGUAAGAAAUUUUAUUUUUAUGACUAUAUACAAUGGAGUUUAAAAGGGGGUCUCAGAGUACAACAAAAAUCAGAAACAUUUUAAUGAUGUCGAAUAGAGUCGGAAUGGGUAGAGUUCAGUCAAGUCAAGUAGUGUAGAGGACAUGCAGUGUAAAAGCACAGAUGUUAUGUAAUGAACCCUGUACAGUUUACAUAGUUUAGAAAAAUCAUUUGCACACCCAAAACAUUAUUGAGUCAUUAUUGUCAGAGUUCCUUAUAGACCCCUUACCUUUACCAAAAUGGGUGAAUAUUUAAAUCUAAAGAAAUGUGUGACUGGCUGUGUAAGGGGUUUUGUACAUAAAGCUCAGAUGCAUUGCUUUUACACAAAAUCUACAUGAUAUAAAUUAUGUGUGAUUUACAUUAAAAAGGUUUUGCAUGUUUAAUUCUUAUUGAGUACAGUGAUGUAAAUAUGCAGCAGAAAAUGAUUAUUAAUGUAUAAAUAAUAUACUUUGUGAUGUAAUGUUUCUGUUCUGUUAAUGUUGUAAUGUCUGUUAUGUGAAUAUGAAUUGUCUCUAGUCUUGCUGUAACUUUAAGUGCUAGUAAUUAACUAUUAUUUUUUUUUAUUUUGAGUUUAAAUAUUAAAUAAAAUGCUUUAUACUGGCACUGGCAUAAAGUCAG